UCUACUCCUGAUGUAUGAAUUGUUCUGUUUUGUUUUUAAUGUCAAUGACUUCACUUUAAAGGAGCUUCAUUCCCAGAGGAUUCAUUACUCAAGGUAUUGUUUUAUAUUAUUUCCCUUCUAUAAAGUGUCCAUGGACAGUCACAAAUAGAUAUUUUUAAAUGUGGUGUGUUAUUGAACUUUGCCUUACUGGCUGACUAGACUUAUAGUUUAGAUAAACUGUAUCUCUUUCAUCUCUUCCUAGAAGAGGUUCUUAAUCAUUUUUUAAAAAUCUAUUUAUUUUAUGGGAAUAACCUUUUUUUGAGAAUCUAACAAAAGCACUACCACAUGUAAUAAAAAGAAUCAUUUAAAAAUAUAAUUCCAUGGUAUUAUCAUCUUUGGGAUUUUAAUAAAAUGAACCAUUUUAUUUAAAAUGUCAAAUAUUUUUCAUGUCUUUUGGUGCACACACAUAUAUAAACACAUGUUAUUGUCAUACAUACUUUUUGGAGUAGUAUUUCUGUCUCAUAGGCCCUAUAUAUAUCCACUUUAGUAGAUAUCGCCAAUAAAUUUUCCAAAGUAACUACUAAUUUACCCUUUCACAGCAUUCUGUGGGUUUCAGAUUUUCUACAGCCUCACAUUUUUUUAUUUACUUUGAAAUUUCCUAAAAAUUGAUCAGAUUGACUAUCAUUUCACAUGUUUACUCUUCUGUUAAGUUCCUGUUCCGGUCUCUUUCCCCUCUUUCUAUUGAGUUGUCUUUCUUUUUCUUAUUGCUUUGUAGGAAUUUCUUUACAAACUCGUAGAUAUGAAUCUUUUUGUUGGUUUUAUAUAUAUGACAGCAUCAUCUCCCACUCAAUGGCUUAUCUUUCUGCUCUCUUAAAGGUGUCUUUCGAUGAACAGAAGUUACUAAUUUUAAUGUGUUUCAUUUUGUCAGUUAUAAGCAAUCCUUCUGUACCUGAAGCUCAUAAAGAUUAUUUUCUUCUGUGAUCUCCAGAAAAUCUGGUCAUCUUUUAUUUUACAUUUAGAUCUUCAACAAACCUGAAAUUAAUUUUGUGACGGAUGUGAGGUACCCUUUACAUCAGGGGUUCAAGUUUUAUUUAUUCCAUCUGAAUAUUCAGUUGACAAAGUAUCAUUUAUGGAAAAAGACCAUCCUUUCUCCGGGUCUACUCAGCAUCAAGUUUACCAUAAAUCGAGUGUCAAUAUAUGCAUGGUCUGUUUCUGGACUCUGUUCUGUUCUAUUUGUACAUCUCACUCUUGAUAUCCAGUCAAUGAAAUAUUAGAUUAUUUCAAAAGCUGGAGCUAAAUGUAAUGUUAAAUAAUGGCAACAGGCGACUUAAAGAGAAGCUUACGGAACCUAGAACAAGUGCUUCGCUCACUAAAUUAUCCUCAAGAGGUGGAUUGUGUAGGUUUGGUUAAGGGAGAAACAGCAGCCUCUUUGCCCAUCAUCAGCUAUUCCCUUACUUCAUAUUCACCUUAUGUAGCAGAACUUCUGAUGGAAUCCAAUGUAGAGCUCAUAGCAAAGAAUGACUUGCGCUUUAUAGAUACUGUGUAUAAGCUUCUUCGUGAUCAAUUUAAUUAUAAACCAAUCUUGACAAAAAAGCAGUUUCUCCAAUGUGGAUUUGCAGAAUGGAAAAUCCAAAUUAUCUGUGAUAUUUUGAAUUGUGUGAUGAGAAAGCACAAGGAGUUGAGUUGCCUUGAGAAGCCUCUAUCACAACAAAGAAAGAAAGUCAGUUCUGUUAAGUCAGAAGCUUCUUCAAGCAGUGAGAAGACAUGUACAGAGCCUGGUGGCAUUGACAUCACUAGCAGGUUUAUGACUUCAGGAAAGAAGAAAGCUCUGGUGAUCCGUCACCUCUACAAUGAAGAUGAUGUUAACAUUCCUGACGAUAUGUUAAGUACAGUAACAGAUGUGAAUCAAGUAUUUGCUGUGUGUGACUUAAAAGAUACUAAAAUAAAGAUUCUUGAAGAAAAGGUCCCUGAAAUCAAGUGUGAGCAACAAGAUAUAAAAGUUAAUCCUGAGAUGACUGCACUAUGGACUAUGCUUACUGAAUGCCAAGAGAAGCUUAAGAAACUGACUCAGAUAGAAAGUAGAUUAGACUCUUUGGAAGAAAAAAUGAAAGGAAAAGUGAUGGUAGAUGAAAAAACCUGGACCAAUCUUCUAAGUCGUGUCACUCUUCUUGAAACAGAAUUGCUUUUGUCCAAAAAGAAUGAUGAAUAUACAGACUAUUAUGCAAAAAGUGAAGACUAUACCUCUGGUAUUGGCAUGGAUGGUCUGAAACUUGACAGAAAAGGCAAAGAGAGGAAAGUAAGCAUUCCUCUGUCUUCCGUUUAUGAUACAGUAUCAAUAGAUUCAACUCCCAGAACCUCAACUGUUAAUUACUGUGGCUUGAAAGAUAUUUCAGAGGAAACAACAAUCCAGAAAAUGGAAAGGAUGAAAAAAAUGUUUGAAGAGACUGCAGAGUUACUAAAAGGCUCAAAUCACUCACUAUAGAAUUUUCCUACCUGAACUUUCCCAGGACUUUGGCUACUGUACAUGUUGUAAAUUUUAAGAAUUCUCUAUAAAUUUUAAUAUGCUGCAACAUUUUUCAGAAUUUUAAUUCCAUUUGGUAUAUGAGCUUUUUCAUUCAAUAUUGAAUAAAUACUUAAAUAUUCUUGUGCUGUGAUUA